CUUCUUCUAAGUUAUAUAUAAAAACCCAAAAUAACAAACAUGAGUCCCUUUAACUUCUUCUUCUUCUUCCUCACUUCCUUAUCACUUCUCUCUAUAGCAACAUCUCAAGAAAGAGCACCUCAUGGACUUGUUUAUGAAAACCCUAUAGCUUUUCCACCAUCAGCAUAUCUCUUCUUUCAUCCCAAUGCACGAACUUACGAGACCAAAAACUCUUGUACUACAUCAAAAUGUUCAUCACUUCCUAUGGCAGCUCAAGUAGAAGCUAAUCAGAAAUAUGAAAACAAAGCAUCACAGAAAAGUGGGAAACAAAUUGGAGCUGGUGCUGUGGCUGGCAUUAUCUUUGCUGCUGCUUUUGUUGUUCUUUUAGUUGCUGGAGUCUAUUAUGUUAAGGUCAUUCGUCAAGUUAACAUGAAUAGAACCAUUAAUAAUGCUCAAUCUCAUGCUUAAUAUGUAUUGAAGUAAUAUCUCACUUUCUUAUUUCUUAGUCAUUUGUUCCAUUCUAGGUAAGGUUUUGAUACUCAUGUAUGCUAUAACAUUCAAUCGCUUCUAAUUUCUCAAAUUUUUAUUUGUAUGUGUCUAUGUUGUAUCUAGUGUGUGUACAAGUUCUUCAUUAUACUUUUCUUUAA